AAACCUACGAUACGAGGUUCCAUGUAAGCCCAAGAAGAACAUUGUGUUUGUGAAGACUCACAAAUGUGCCAGUUCAACAGUACAGAACAUGUUGCUACGUUACGCGAAGAGCAACAAUCUGACCGUUGUCCUCCCGAUCCUCUCGCGCACACAUUACUUAUCGCGGCUGCUCCCGUUCAACCGAAAGAUGAUCGCCGGAGCUCCUUGGGGUCACAUGGAAUAUAACGUUUUUUGUCACCACGCCAUCUUCAACGAGGAAGAAAUUUCGGCCGUUAUGCCUAAAGACACAGUUUACGUCUCCAUCCUGCGGGAACCAACACGGCUUUUCGAGUCUCUGUACGAGUACAGUAACAUGAAUGAAUUCUAUAACAUGACCUUGACGGAUUACGCAGCUGCUACUCGAGACCCUACGAAGUAUGAAACUCUGAACAAAAGAGCUCACGGAAAUAUGGGCAGAAAUCAGAUGCUGUUUGAUUUCGGUGUUAAACCUGCUCUUUUCGAAAACAAAACAGAAAUUGAAAAAACAAUUAUGAAAAUAGACAGAAAGUUUGAUUUAAUUAUGAUUGCUGAAUACUUUGAUCAAUCUCUAAUUUUGCUGAAGGAUUUGAUGUGCUGGGACUUUGAUGACAUUGUUAGUCUGAGAAUCAAUGCAAGAGAUGAUAGGUUUAAACAUAGUGUAGCACCGGAUACAGCCUAUCUCCUGCGUCAGUGGAACGCGGGAGAUCAAAUAUUAUACAACGUGUUUGUCGAGAAACUCAAACGUAAAAUCGCCGACUAUGGCUUAGAAAAGAUGAAGACAGAAGUUCAAAGGUUGACCGAGAAGAGGAAGUUCUGGUAUAACACGUGUAUUUCGGAAGAAGUAGACGCUAGUCAUCUGACUCGGUAUCGCGUAUGGAGUAACAAAGUUCUUGGUUUUGUUCUUAAACAAGGAAUACAAAAUAAAACAUGCGAAGACCUUGUAAGGCCGGAGCGCGAGUUCACAAACUACAUGAGACAACGACAAAUGAUGAAAGCCUUGUUUACAAAUGAACACAAACCGGAAUUUCCACUGCCUGACUUUUUGAAC